AUGAAUACGUUACACCCAAGUCAAUUAGCCAACGCAGAUGCAGCCAGGAUCCUUGACGAACUAGCAGAGGAAAUUCUGAAUGCUUCGGACCGCAUUUUCCCUCUUGCGGCGCCAGUCGAUAGCUCGCAGGCAACUUUCACCCUUACCGAGAGGGCCUUAAGGAAAGACGCCGGAUCUGAUUCAGUUCCCGUAGAGGUAAUCGUCUGCCCGAAGGCUCGUCUUCGCGAUAGUACAACAGAGAAGCCAAAAGUCUUCCGGUGUCGGUGCUGCUGUGUAGGAGAACCGCAUACCGACAACUUGACCUACAAGCUCAUAAAAGGGAAGAGCCUUCUCAUAGAGGAACUACAUCCUGAUGGACAGCGCAGGUGGUUUAUUAUGGCAGUGAAGCCGGGACCCUCGACGCUAGUCAUUGUGAGACUAUCGGAUGUAUCUCCAAUAUACUAUAAAGAGGUUGAAGCCGUAUCAAAGAACAUUCGUCCUCAGGGAAUAUCUCCAAAACGUGUUCUCGGCAUGACAUCUUUCCCGAGAACGGUGCCUAUGAUACAAAACGACUGGGGGUUUCCUUCUGCCAAAAUAGCGAAAGUUAUCCUCCACUCGUCCAACACCACAAUCUUGCUUCAGACGCCCUUACGCAUCCAGCUUAAACACUGUGGCAUAUUGCAAUCUCCUUAUGUGGAGAAUGGUGUAAAUCAAGGGGCUCACACCAGCUUAUCGCCUCAGUCCUACUUCUGUAUCCUUUCAAAAGGUUCCCAUUCAGACGAGGACGCCUGGGAAGUACGAGAUACACAAAUAUCUCAUGAGACCAACCCUCUCGGUAGACUUGUUGUUACUCUUCAGAAUACGACAGUAUCACAUGCCAUUGUUCGAGGGAAGCAGGGAGCUGAGGUUGAUGUUGACUUUUACUUCGAUCUCCGCGAAGAUGCACAGUUAUUCAAGGCGUAUCUAGAAGCUGGUCAGAAAAGACUGCGGCAAUUUUUCAUUCGCGGCCUUAUGGAAAACGAGCAAGUCGUGGGUCUUCGGCUGCUUGAUUCUGAUUCCAGUCCAAGAGAGGAUGUCGAAAUCAAAGACAAAACGCCACAAAUAUCUCAAAGAGGCCUCUUGAAGUGUCUAAAUGACCUCGAGAUAUGGAUAAGCGAUUAUGAUCAGAGCGGCAAGUCUAUCGUCUCCCGGAUGAGCUGGGAGGAACUCUCCCUACGAGGGACCAAGUCCGGCAGCUUCAGAGCAACAUUCAUCAAGAGCGAAAACGAACGUACGGCCGGCGACUGGCUCGAUGAGGUAGACGACCUGAUCAGGACCAUGCGUGGCGAUAGAAAUGACCGCUACGAACGCGUAAAGAUCGCCAUAAUCGACUCUGGUCUUCAUGAUAGAGAGAGAAGUCAUUACGGAGCUGAGUACAAAGACUUUACUGGUGUCCCUAACAAUGACUCUUGGCACGGUACGUGCUGUGCUGGCAUCAUUCAGGGUAUGUAUGAGGAAGCUAGGCUGUAUGUCGCGAGGGUCUUUGAGAGGGAUCAUGCCUAUGAUAUUGAAGGACCACUUCGAAUGGCCAGAGCCAUCCACUGGGCCAUCGAGCCACCUAACUCCGUCGAUAUCAUCAGUAUCUCCGCUGGCUUUCGCAACUACUCCAAAGAACUCGAUGAAGCCGUCACCAGAGCCAAAGCCGCUGGUGUUCUUGUGAUAGCAGCAGCUUCAAACUGGCAGAACACAAAUACAGUUGCUUUCCCAGCACGGCAUAAUCUCAGCACCAUGUGCAUUUACUCAACUAACACGGGAAAUCAGAGCUCGAGCUUUAAUCCUGAGCCUCGCGCCGACACACAAAACUUUGCUAUUAUAGGCGAGGGCUUUCAGCAUCCGGAUCAGAGAAGGAAUGAGCGCAUGAGUGGGACUUCGAUGGCUACAGCUGUAGCUGCGGGACUCGCAGCUAGGAUCGUCGACUUUUCACGACAGAAAGAUAACAAAGCAUCGAUCUUUAGGGCGCAGGACGUAGGAAAGCUACCUGGAAUGUUGUCAAUAUUCAGCACUAUCUCAAAGCCAGCAGGUAACCUCAGAUAUAUCUCACCACUGGAGUUGCUGCCUCUGAGGCACGGAGUCAGUCGGGAGGCGGAUAGACAGCGUGUGAGGGAGGUUCUGUCACAAGCGAUGGAGAGGGCAAACUAG